AUGGAUUGGUUUAGCUUUGGCUAUGUAGCCAAAGUGGCCUUUGGAUCGCUGGUCUUUUUUGAGACUGUGCAGAUUAUAUACAACAUUUAUUUUCAUCCUCUAAGACAUAUCCCCGGCCCAUGGCUGUUUCGCGCCAAGCGAUUGUUCUAUGUUAUACGAUUUAAUCAGGGUAGGCUGUCGUAUGACGUACAUAAAUGGCAUGCCAAAUACGGACCAAUUGUGCGUAUCGCACCAGAUGAGCUUGCCUUUGAAGAUCCAGAUGCUUUCAAGGACAUCUACGGGCGUCGUCCUGAUGAUGAAAUGACCAAACCAGACCGUUCAUAUCAUCUUAUAGGCGAGGCACGCAGUAUAAUGAAUGAGACUAAAGAAAAACACGCUCGUCUCCGGAAACAGCUGGCUCUUGGCUUCAGCGAACGCAGCAUGCGAGACCAGGAACCCAUUAUUGGCAACUAUGUUGAUCUUCUCAUCAAAAGGCUUCAUGAGCACUGUAUUGACGGCGAUAAACUUGACCCCAUUACGGGCGAGAAGGCCAAGAGAGAGUUGAACAUGACGGCCUGGUAUGCUUGGACGACCUUUGACAUUAUCGGAGAUUUAGCAUUUGGCGAGCCCUUUGGGUGUCUGGAACGUGCCAAGUAUGAUCCUUGGGUAGCUGCCAUUGGCAAAGCCGUACGCUUUAGUCCUGUGAUUCUGGGUGCGAAGCUCUUGGGUUAUGAGUGGGCUUUGCGUCCUCUGCUGAGUAUGUUGAAUAAGUAUCGCCGCGAGCACAACAGGCUUUGUAUGGAGAAGCUGCAAAGGCGGAUGGCCAUGUCGGCUGAACGGCCGGACUUGAUUGAAGGGCUGCUGCAAAAGGCCAAGGACUGGGAUAUGGACGUUCGGCAAGUCAUGCAGAAUAGCAGUAACCUCAUUAUUGCGGGCUCUGAAACCACAGCCACAGGCCUGGCUGGUAUUACAUAUCUACUUCUGAAGAAUCCAGAUGCGCUACAAAAAGUGGUUCAAGAGGUCCGAUCAUCUUUUUCCUCUGAGGACGAAAUCACUCUUUUGUCAGUCAAUAAUCUUCCAUUCAUGUUCGCCUGCAUAAAUGAAGCUUUGAGGCUAUAUCCGCCUGUCGCUCUCGGCUUGCCUCGAAUCGUGCCAAGAGAAGGCGCAGUUAUUGCUGGACAAUUUGUCCCACAAGGAAUGACUGUUAGCACCUGGCAUUGGGCAAUCUACCACAGCGAGAGGCUGUGGAAUAAACCGUUCGAAUUCCACCCGGAGCGCUUCUUGCACGAUCCCAGCUUUGCCAACGAUAGACUGGAGGCUUUGCAACCAUUUUCAGUAGGGCCACGAAACUGCCUUGGCCGCAAUCUUGCGUAUGCCGAGAUGCGACUGAUCCUUGCACGCAUCCUCUUCAACUUUGACUUGAAGCUUGUGAAUGAGGAGGAGGAUUGGAUGGACCAGUGCACUUUUAUUCUAUGGGAAAAGGGACCUCUAAAUGUAUACUUGACGCCAGUCAAGAAGUAA